GACCGACGCAUUAAUCGACAUAGCGAACUACGGUGCACAUGGUGGUGAAAUGUAUUAAAGUGACAACAUAGUGCUGUAAACAUUGUGAUUUGUAUGAAUAACGUAAAAUUGUUCCAGAAGUAAUCAAAACAACCAUCGGAAAUGGCAACCAUCCUAGAAAAGAUUGCAGCGAUAGAAGCUGAGAUGGCCAGGACGCAAAAAAAUAAAGCUACUGCUGGACAUCUUGGCUUGCUAAAAGCUCGGUUAGCAAAACUUCGUCGAGAGUUGAUUACACCCAAAGGUGGAGGUGGUGGCCCAGGUGAAGGUUUCGAUGUAGCGAAAACAGGAGAUGCUAGAAUAGGAUUUGUCGGGUUUCCAUCUGUUGGAAAAUCUACAUUGCUCAGCAAUCUCGCUGGAGUCUACUCAGAAGUAGCUGCUUAUGAAUUUACAACUCUCACCACAGUACCAGGAUGCAUAAAAUAUAAGGGAGCUAAAAUACAGCUACUGGAUUUGCCAGGGAUUAUUGAAGGAGCCAAAGAUGGAAAAGGACGAGGUCGUCAGGUUAUUGCUGUGGCUCGAACCUGCAGCCUCAUAUUUAUUGUUCUGGAUGUCCUUAAACCAUUGCAACAUAAAAAACUAAUAGAGCAUGAAUUAGAAGGCUUUGGCUUGCGUUUAAAUAAAUCUCCACCCAAUAUUGUGUUUCGUAAAAAGGAUAAAGGUGGUGUAAAUCUUCAGUGUAUGGUACCACAGUCAGAACUGGACAGCGAUACAGUGAAAACAAUUUUGUCAGAAUAUCGCAUUCACAAUGCUGACAUAACUCUGAGGUACGAUGCAACUAGUGAUGAUCUUAUAGAUGUAAUUGAAGGAAAUCGAAUAUAUAUACCGUGCAUUUACCUGCUCAACAAAAUUGACCAGAUCAGCAUUGAAGAGUUGGACAUCAUCUACAAAAUACCUCAUUGUGUGCCAAUAUCUGCUCAUCAUAGGUGGAACUUUGAUGAUCUGCUUGAGAAAAUGUGGGAAUACUUGAAGUUAGUGCGAAUAUACACAAAACCUAAAGGGCAGCUUCCUGACUAUGAGUCACCUGUUGUACUUCACUCUGACAGACGCAGUGUGGAAGACUUCUGCAACAAGCUUCAUCGCUCAAUAGCGAAAGAAUUUAAAUAUGCACUCGUAUGGGGAUCUUCUGUAAAACAUCAACCUCAGAAAGUUGGCAAGGAUCAUAUGCUCAUGGAUGAAGAUGUUGUCCAGAUUGUGAAAAAGGUCUGAUUUUGUAUUUUUUGAUGGCACUGAAAACUUAAGGCAUCUUCUGAUAGUGCCAACUUAUUAACAUCAAUUCUGAAUACUUUGAAAUCAGUGGAUAUUUGUGAAUGUUGAUUUUAUCAAAAAUAAAAUAUAUUUAGUGAAUCCAACCUGUACGAAAAUUGACUCUAGAAUAAAUUUACCUGGUAUCCAGUAACUUAUGUUAUAGAUUACUUGUGAAAAAGUGAGACUGAAUUAUUAAAUUAUUACAAAAUUAA